AGGACCUUCCAGUGCCAGUUCUGCGUCUUCACCACAUCCCGGGCGUCCAGCUUCACCCGGCACGUGAAGACGCACACGGACGAGAGGCCACACCAGUGCCACCUGUGCCCCAAGGCCUUCCGCACCGUGACCAUGCUGCGCAACCACGUCUACACGCACACGGGGACCCGGCCGCACGGGUGUGAGGACUGCGACAUGGCCUUCGUCACCAGCGGCGAGCUCGCCCGCCACCGGCGCUACAAGCACACGCACGAGAAGCCCUUCCGGUGCUCACUGUGCAAGUACGCCAGCGUGGAGGCGAGCAAGCUGAAGCGGCACGUCCGCUCCCACACGGGCGAGCGGCCCUUCCCCUGCGGCCUCUGCAGCUACGCCAGCAGGGACACCUACAAGCUCAAGCGCCACAUGCGGACCCACUCGGGCGAGAAGCCCUACGAGUGCCCCGUCUGCCAGGCCCGCUUCACGCAGCGAGGCACCAUGAAGAUCCACGUGCUGCAGAAGCACAGCGACGGCGUGUCCAAGCACCAGUGUCCCCACUGCACCACCCUCAUCUCCAGGAAGAGCGACCUGCGCGUGCACCUGCGGAAGAUGCACCGAGCCUUGGCCACCGAGAUGCAGUGCCGCUUCUGCCCCGCCGCCUUCCGCGAGCGCUACGCCCUGCUCCAGCACCAGAAGACGCACCGGGGCGAGAAGCGCUUCAAGUGCCAGCUCUGCAGCUACGCCUGCAAGCAGGAGCGCCACCUGGUCAUGCACACGCGCACCCACACCGGAGAGAGGCCCUUCUCCUGCGCCGUCUGCGGCAAGAGCUUCCGGCAGCAGCAGCUGCUCAGGCUGCACCACCGGGGCCACCACGAGGCCGGCGGGCCCCCCACGUUCCCGUGCCCGCGCUGCGCCAGGGCCUUCUCCCGCAGGAGCAGCCUGCAGAAGCACGCGGAGAAGUGCUCGGGGGCGGAGCGGCAGGCGCCGUCGGGGAAGGGGAGGAAGACCCGGAAGAGAAAGGCAGCGGAGCUGGGAGGCGCACAGGGGGCCCACGCCGCCGCCGCUGCCCCGGAGGGCGCCGACGCACAGGGCAGGCCCGGGCCCGGGGAGCCAGGGGCCCCCCCGACGGCAGCCAGAGGCCGGGCCCCGGAGGAGGCGAGCUGUGCAGAGACGCCACGCUCGGAGGAGCAGUGA